AGAAAACAAAACAAAUUCCACUAAACCUGCUAGUCUUAACAGAUCCUGGGUGGAGGCAGUGUUUUGAACAUACAGUAGUAGUGAUGUCCACAGGUACACUGGCUCUCUGCACACAUUGAUCUCAGCAUGCCUCUGCCAAGACGUAGGUCUUCUUUCCUUGGCCAACAGGCCCAGGCCCCCCAAGCUGAUCGCCCGACUGGGGGAAGCCGGAGGGUCAGCGUUGGGACAAGCAGUGGUGGCUAUUCCCGGACUACGGGGGUCUAUGUGGGGAUGGUGCCCAUCGGUGGAGCCAGCAGCCUGGGCACCCGGGUGUCCCGUCGAGCCUUGGGCAUCAGCAGUGUUUUCCUGCAGGGCCUUCGCAGUACCACCCCGGUCAUCUUGACUCAAGGGGUGGAGAGGAGCCGCAGCCCCACCUUUGAAAGUCUCAACGGCUGCCUGCUCGAGUACAUGGAGAAGGUGCGGGCGCUGGAGCAGGUGAACCGGGAGCUGGAGGAGCAGAUCAGGGUCUACCUGGACAAGAAAGCUUCCAGUGCUGCCAGCUGGGGAACACUGAGGCAGGACUGGGAGGACAUCUACAGACAAGUGAGUGAUUCAAUCCUGGAUAAUGCUCGCCUCAUGCUUCAGACAGAGAAUGUUCAAGCCAGUGCAGAGGAUUUUAAAGACAGAUACGAGAAUGAACAGCCUUUCCGCAGAGCCGUGGAAGAUGAAAUUAACUCCUUGUAUAAAGUGAUUGAUGAUGCUCAUUUAACUAAAAUGGAUCUGGAAAGUCAGAUAGAGAACAUGAGGGAGGAACUUGAUGUUCUGACAAAGGGCCAUAAAGAGGAUGUGAAAGUGCUUUUUAACCAGCUUGCUGGUAGCCAGUUUGAUGAACCAGAUGCUCCAACUGAGACAAGUCUGGACCAUAUUCUGGAGUACAUAAGAGCCCACUGGGAGAAAGCUAUAAAACGGGACCAGACAGAAACUGAUGCCUAUCUGGAAUAUAAGCAGUCUGAGAGUGUUAAUGCCAAGAUGAGCCAGAAAGAGGAAGAAGUGGAGUUACUAAGGACGGAGUGCAAUGAUAUAGGAUGCAAGAUUCAGAGCCUACAAGCAGAAACCGAGUCCAUGAGAGCACUGAAACGGGGGAUGGAGAAUUCCUUAUAUGAUGCUAAGCACUGGCAUGAUAUUGAACUGCAGAAUCUGGGCUCUGUGAUUUCUAAGCUGGAAGCAGAGCUGGGUGAAAUCCGAGGAGAAGUUGAUCAGCAGAAAAAAGACUAUGAAACCUUGCUGAAUAACAGAAUGAAACUAGAAUUGGAGAUCAGCUCUUAUCAUGGCAUAUUAGAUGGAGAGGAAAGCAGGUACCAUCCACAUAAGUGGGUCCAUGGGGGCCCAGCAGAUAGUGAAGGCCAGCCUGCUAGCCACCAUUCAGAAACACAAGACCCAGAACCUUCCACAAAAACUUCAUGGAAAGUUUUAAUACAGUUUAUUCUGGCUUCUGUGCUGUGUAUCUCUCGUGGCACUGCUUGCAGGUUUUUCCUCCGCAAGUCAAAAAUAGAAGACACAAUUACAAGACAUGAUGUAAUAUGAAUCUGUAAGAAGGAGUUUAGACAUAUUUCUAAAGAGGGUCCUAUAUUUGUGGUUGAUAUUGCAUUUCAAAUUUGAAGAUAUUAAGUUGCUUUUAAGGCUGUGACAUCUGACAUCUAGGCGUGGCUGUACCUAUCUUAACCUGCAUUUUGUGACUGAAUAAAACCUCACCCUCAUGCUAAAAUUUA